AUGUUUCAGGCUACAACACUAAGAAUAGAGAGUCAGAAGAGGCUGCAGCUAUUACUGCUCGAGAUCGCCCCUUUUGACAGAAGGACAGGGCCAAAAGCAUCCGUACUGGGCUCUCCUGGACUUUUUUGUCUUAGAAAGUCUUUUGAGCCCACUACUUUUGAAACUCCCCCCGUAUCACUCCCGCAGUCGGGGUUCGAAUUAGAACCUCCCUCCGAAACCACCGUCAAAAUGUCCGACAAACCAAGGACCUCUGCCUACGGCACCGCAUCAUCCGACACUGAUUUCCGCAAGAAAUGGGACCGCGAAGAAUACGCCAAAAAGGCAGCAGAAGAAGAGGCGAAAGCGAAAGCGGAAGCCAAGGCACGAUAUGAGGCCAAGCUCGCCGGCAAGAAAUGGCACCCGCCCGUCGACUACAGCAGUCUGGAGGCGACCACGUCGCGGUCGCAGCGGCUCGAUGUCGCGUCGAUGGUAGGGAAGACGACAAUCGUGCCUGCGGGUGCGGCGGUCGGUAAAAAGGGUCGAGGAGCGGGAUUCUAUUGUCCGGAUUGCGACCUUACCUUCAAGGACAACGUGCAACUGGUGGAGCAUCUGAACAGCAAGCAGCAUUUGAUCGCUACAGGCCAGAGCGGCGAGGUGGUUCGUGCCACUCUUGAGGAUGUCCGCACACGGCUGCGAUGGUUGGCACACAAGAAACGACAAGAGGAGGAGGAGAAUCGGAAGGCGUGGCAGCUCGAUCUAGGGGCAAGGUUGAAGGAGAGGGAGGAGCAGGAAGCCAGAGAACGAGAAGAGAGGAGGCGGAAGCGAAAAGAAAGACGGAAAGAGAUCAAAAAAGAAGAAGACGAAAGUUGGGAAGGAAGGUUGGGUAUCAUAUCUUGA